AUGGCUGACGUUGAAGGCACAAUCUAUUCGAUAGCCCUUGAGGAGGCACAGGGCGUUGACAACGAGCAGCUACGCGAUGCGUUUCCCGAAAGCGUGCAGCUCGAGGCCAUCGUCAACGGCGUCAACCGGCUUCUCCAAAAGGGUAUGCUUGAGCUACUGCAGGUUGGAAACCAGGUGCGGUACCGCGCCGUGCGCAGCGACGAGCUAGCGCGGCUGGCAGGCCUGACGACCGACGAGCAGCUCGUGUAUAAGCACAUCCAGGCGAGCAAAAACGAGGGCAUCUGGGUGCGCACGCUGAAAAUGAAGACCAACCUUUUGCAGGGUGUGAUUACACGGGCGCUGAAGACGCUCGAGCAAAAGGCGCUGAUCAAGUCGGUGAAGUCUGUCAAGCACCCGACGCGCAAGCUGUAUAUGCUGAUUGACAUGACGCCGUCGUCGGAGAUCACGGGCGGGCCCUGGUAUACGGACCAGGAGUUGGACACCGACUUUAUCAACCAGCUAGCAAAACAGUGCUAUCAGUUUAUCUACGCAAACAGCUACCCGAAGCACAACCCGCAGGCUAUCUACCCUGCAUCGUAUACAGGAUUCAAGACUUCCUCGCAGAUCAAGAGGUUUAUCUCGGGCCACAACAUCACCAACGUUGAUCUGAGCGACGAGAAUAUUGAGGAGCUGCUGACCAUGCUGGUGUAUGAUGGCAAGAUCGAGCGGAUUGCUGCUGCCUUUGAGAUGGAUGCGGGCAAGACAUCGUCCAGCGGCAAAGACUUUAUGUAUCGUGCGCUGAGGAUCACUGACAAGGACUCGCCAUUCACUGAUAUCCCGUGCGGGCGGUGCCCAGUCUUUGACAAGUGCAGUGAUACCGGCGUCAUUACCCCGGGCAAGUGCGAGUACUUUAAAAAGUGGCUAUCAUUCUGA